AUGUCUUCCUUCUCACAAAAGCUUCUGAACCAAAUUCUCCCUGGUUCUGUCCAUCUCAAGCAGACCCAAACGCUUUACCAAACUUUAUCCCGCCUGCCACAAGAUGGUGUCGGCUCUCACCUCCGUCAGGUCCGAUGGGACAGACUCAACCGACACGACACGUAUUGGAUGAUCACGCGAGUCAAACUAAAGAACGAUGGAAGGCAUGGGAAAGCAUGGGGCAUGUUUGUAUACAAAGGCAAGCCCAUUAGUCAGAGAGAUGAACUGAUAAGAGGAGGGCUUAAAUGGCGUUGGAGGGAAAUGACCUCAUCUGAGCUAGCUGAUCGGACACCCGUCACACCUGCCCCGACAACGCAGGCGACAUAG